CCGCAAGCCACCAACUGCAUUACUGUGUCAGUGGUACGGGAUACACACCGCACCGACCUCAUUGACGCCAUCACCGUGAUCAAGUCUUCUACUCAGUAGCUCUUUCUUGCUCUCUCUCCUCUGGUAAUGUCCUAAGGUGGGUGUUAAUGGUACUUCCCUUGCACAUGAAUAACCUCCCCUCAUCAAUUUAUGGUCACCUGCACUUCACUUCACUCCUUGUAUCAGACAACCAGGUCAUUCUCUACCUACGCCCCACAGACCACCAUCACCAGCCAGUCCAUCAGUCACACCAGGAAUCACUCAGUAUUGCAUCCAGUCAAAUGCAGCUACAUUCAUAGCCUAUAGCCCAUAGUCUGUGUGUCGUUCCUUUUCACUGCUUUAUAUUUGUUCUCGCAGUCUGUUCUCUCCUACCAAAACACCAUGCGAAAUCGCAAAGAUGGCCCACCUACAAAUACCCACCGCUCCUUCAACAACCCCACCUGAACUGAUCUCCGAAUCUCUUUCACAUCGCAGUAAGACUCCACAUUGCUUAUGUGAGAUUUUCUUAAGAACCUCUACUGACACUGGAUUUCUAGUUAAUGCUUCUACUCGCUCGAUCCAUUUCAAGCUCAACAAACAAAUCCUCUCGCGCUUGCCUCUAGCUAUCCCACCCCACAGCACCACCUCUUCCAAAUACAUCUCUGGACUCCUCCAUAUUGCGCCCAUAUACUUCGAAUUCGAGUCCUUAUGGCAGGAGAUCGUAGAAACAGCAUGCGAACCAGAAGCUCUUCAUUCGGUUGAAAGUCAGUCCGAGACGCGUAGAGAGGAGCGCGAAUCAGAUUCCACAGAUGGGACAGAUCAAGCCACACCUAUACACCCAAGAAUUCACUCUUUACUUUCCUAUCUACUUAUGCAAGACCUACUACGGUCAAGCGCGUUACGAGAGGAUAUACAAGUCUUGACUAAGUUCUCUACUGAAGAAACCAAUGGCAGACUUAGGGCAGCAUCGCAAAGUGGCAACCUCGCCGAAUUCCUUACACACAUCAGAAGAUCCGUCAAGGAAAAGCCACACGUGUUAUUGGCAUACGCAUGGGUUUUAUACAUGGCGCUGUUCUCUGGUGGUAGGAUUCUCCGCAAAAGUUUGAAAGAUGCAGGUGGAGCAGGACGCGAGUUUUGGGAACGAGAUCCAUCGCCUGUACGCCCUCUACAUCCUCUUGAAGAUAGUAUUCGCGAGGCUCUUCAAAGUCCUGUUUCGGAAGAUGCCCCCAACCCCUUCUUCCAAGACGAAGAAUCUCAACGUGGAGAAACGAGAGCUAGGAGUGAGUCGCCAGAACCAAGCCUUGGAAUGCGAUUCUUUUCUUUCGUUGGAGAUAAGGAUGGAGAGGAUAUCAAGAUCGACUUCAAGAAGCGCUUUGCGGAGGUGGAACUUCGUCUCACGCCCUCCGAGCAAGAAGAUGUCAUUUCCGAGGGCCAACACAUUUUCAGCUUCAUGAUCGGGGUCGUUGAGGAUCUGGAUUCGAUCUUGGAGACACCUGCUGAAAUCAUGCUCGAAAGACGAAGAUCGUCCUUUGACGACAGUCCAGAAUCACAGCCUGGAUAUUUCGACAAGUUGGUCAAGGACUUACACCUGGCUGAUGUAACGGAUCCCAUGAAUGAAGGACUACUCUGGCAUAAGGCUGCGGCUCUUGCGGUUCCGGCGCUGGGGACUGGUAUUGUGUGGCUUGCGUGGAAGAUGGGUCGAUAGAUGUGCAUAAGUGGAAUUUUGCAUUAGAGUACACACAUAGCCUACGUAGAGAUAGAUGGACACGGGGUAAAUUUUUUAAUGAGUCGUGACGGUUUGGCAUUGGGUAUGGCAUUUCUUUUGCGGGCAUUGUUGCUAGACGCUUUGUUCAUGCAUGGGUUCUCCUCUGCGUUUGGGGUGUAGAUUUGGGAUGGCGUUGCAGUUACAGUUACUAUUACACUUUGCGGAU